AUGGGUUGCUGCGUCAGCUCCGGCACCGCCGAUCGCGACAACGAGAAAGUUUCCGAUAAGAGCACAGCCAAUGUCGAAGAAGAAACAGUCGUCAAAGAAGUCUUAUCGGAGACAACUUUUCUCACUACUUCCUCUAAUGUCCACAGUCCGGUGAAGACGAAGAUCCGGGAAACGGAGGAGGAAAAACUCAAACUUUCUCAUGAUUCGGGUAUGAUCCGACCCGAUUCGAUUGACCCGGAAGAAGGAUCGGAGGUUUCGGAGAUUUGUAGCUUGAGCUUGAGUGAGAGUGUGUCUUCGACGGUCUUGAUGAAUAGUUACGACGAAGAAGAAGUGAAACAGAGGAAAUCUCAGAGAUCUCCGGCUAAAUCUCGGACUCGGGUCACGGGUAAUAAUUACCCGACCCGAAAAACCGAUCAAUCUCCUCGUAAGAGAAACACUGGAGCUAGUAAUGGAGCGAGAUUCGGGUCGGGUACGAGAGACCCGGGUGAGAGAUCCGGAAGAAGGUCGAGAUCGCCGGCGACGAACAGAUCCGUGAUGGAUUCGAAUCAGAGUCGGGUGGUUGGAGCAAGGACUAGGAAGAACACUCAGUCUCCGGGUCGGGUUAGGCUAGAUCCGAAUAAAAACGGGUCGGAUCAGCAACAAUAUCAGAAGAAUUACGGUUAUACCACUGAGGAAUUGUUAGAGAACCCGCUUGUUUCUUUAGAGUGUUUCAUAUUUCUCUGA